AUGCCUCCGAGACGUCAAAAUAACCUUGCUAGGGAAAUUGUAGCGGCACUUGCAGAGUCAAACCUUCUGAACCCAGCACUUAGGGCUAACACAAAUGACCGUGCCAUGGAAGCAAUGAGGGCAUUCCAUCGUAUGAAACCACCUCAAUUCGAUGGGGAGAGUAGCGAUCCUCUUGUGGCCGACCAUUGGCUUGCACAAGUUCGUAAAAUCUUUAACGCUCUUAGGAUUACUGAAGAUGACCUACGAGUGAGCAUUGUGGCCAUUCAACUUACUGGCGAGGCGAAUGAGUGGUGGGAAUCAGUUUUAGGAGCAAGAAGAGACAUUAGGAGAAUGUCAAGGACGGUUACUCGAAUAAAUGAACCUGAUGCAGAGAACUUGACUUGGGCUGAGUUUGAAGAACUCUUCGAGAAUCAAUAUUUUCCAGAAACGUAUCGCGAGCAACUUAGAGAACAAUUUGAGAAACUAGAACAAGGUAAUAUGACCGUCUCCGAAUAUGCUACGAAAUUUCAGUCUCUGUCCCGUUUUGCUCCGGAAUUAGUGGCAUCAGAAGAAAGAAAGUGUAGGCGUUUUGAGAAGGGAUUACACCCAUCCAUUAAGUUGUUGGUUGUGAGCCAGCGCAUUGGAAGGUUUUCCGAGAUUGUUGAAUGUGCAAGGAGUGUUGAGAAUCCAGUGGGUGCGCAGGGAGAACCAAAAGUGUGGGAAACUAAGCAACCGACCUCUAGUGCAAGUUUGCCUUCGGGAAGUUCUGAGAGCCAAGGGAGAAAGCGACAGCGAGAACCACAUCAAUCAUUGCAUGUUCAACAGAGUUUGGGGCCGCCUACUUCUUCGGGAAGUCAUGGAGCUUUUGUCAGACCACAAAUUGUGUGCCAUCGGUGUGGUCAGUCAGGUCACUUUCGUGCUCAGUGUUCGCAACAGCGGAAGACAUGUUUCAUUUGCGGUGCACCUAAUCAUCUUGCGAGAAGAUGCCCUCAAAAAGUAGGAGAGCAUAGUGGGCCUAGUUCAGUGAGACCAGGGCAGAGUCUAGUUCGACAUCACUCCCAAUUCCAGUCUACUUCGGGUCAAGGGUCACGCGCUGAGCGAGGAGCGAGUUUUACCAUUUCUCAAACUCCAGAGACACCAGAUGUGUGGGGUAAUUUCUCCUCUCUCGUUUAA